AUGACGAUGUCUUCAGAAAUCGACGAAACACCUCCAUCUUCCAACCCGGCCAAGGCAUUACCCAAUAUCAAAGGCAGGGACCUUUUCGACGCCUCCAUCUGGGCUGACCCUCUACGAACUUCGGUGUUCUACACUUUUGCCACUACAUUACGACAAAAGGUCAAGGAUGUUCAGCCUACAGCGUCUCAUCACUUCAUCGGCCACCUGCGCAACCGUGGCAAGCUGGUCCGGUGCUACACGCAGAAUAUUGAUCAGAUCGAGGAGAAGGUGGGGCUUACGACCUCACUUCAUGAUGGGCCUGGCCACCGGGGUCGCUUUUCAAGGAAGUCGACGACACAAGUGCCGACUCCACCCACGCCACCCAGCCACGACGAGAUUUCAAAGGACGCUGGAAAUUCCCGGGAAGCAAAUAAUGAGCCAACUCAAUCACAGACGAGUGAAGACGGGGAGGGGAUUGAGCAAGUGUUGGCUCGUGGCCUGACUGAGCAACAACCUCCACGACAGGAAAAAAAGUCCAGUGGCGUUGAAUGUGUGUUCCUCCAUGGAUCUCUCGAGUCUCUGCGAUGCUUUCUUUGCGGCAAAAUCUGUGACUGGGACGACGAAGGACGGGCGCACGAAACCCUCUCUGGCCGUCAACCCGAAUGUCCUUACUGUGUGGGUGCCACCGCGGCGAGGCAGGAGAGGGGCAAGAGAGCACUAGGUGUGGGCAAGCUGAGACCAGACAUUGUCCUCUACGGCGAAGAGCAUCCCAAUGCCCACCUGAUAUCCCCAAUUGUCACACAUGACCUUGGACUCUGUCCUGAUCUUCUUCUCAUCCUUGGCACCUCGCUGAAGGUGCACGGGCUGAAGGUCCUGGUCAGAGAGUUUGCCAAGACCAUUCACAAUAGAGGCGGAAAGGUUGUUUUUGUCAACUUUACAAAGCCUCCUGAAAGUUCAUGGGGGGAUAUCAUCGACUAUUGGGUGCAGUGGGAUUGCGACGCUUGGGUGUCCAACCUGAAGGAAAGAAUUCCAUUGAUGUGGCUUCCCCCAGGAACGAAGCUGCCAAAGAAAAAGAAGGAAGUCAACGAUAAGGCCAAGAAGCGCCAGAACAAUGCAGACGGGAAGACAGACGGGAAGAAAAACCCGGAUACGGCUGGGCCAUGCGGCGAGGUUCCAGUACUUACAACGGAGGCGGCCGUCAAGGCAGAGAUGCCAGAAAUACCGAAAAGGACCAUCGAGACGACAGAUCCAGCCGAAAAGCAUCAGCCGCAAAUCCAAGAGCAGGAAACACAGACCACGGAGAUCCAGGGGCUCGCGGAAAGUCGAGGACCUGCAAACAGCUCAGUUAAGGUCGAGUCGACGCAGGACGAACAACCGCAGCAGAAGAAGGCUUCCCAAGAUACCCCGCCAAAGUCAUCGCCUCAACGCCCGAUGGCAGUGCGAGAUGACAAAACCAGCGCGGCCUACCUCACCUGGAAGAUAAGGAUGGAGCUUCGCCGCAUUUGUGGCACCGAAACCCCGCCCUCAACCUGCUCUGCACCUUCAAAAGUCAGCAAGCCAAGAACGAAGCGGUCCAGGAAGUCCGCACCAGCCGCGCGACCCGAGCCCUCGCAACCUAACAUCAAUCCUGAUGAUGCGCAAGGCUCUCAGGAGGUGCCGGUCGGAACAUUGGAGGACGCCCACAAUUCGAUCGCAACGAGUGGUUUGCCACGGAGCGACCUGGUCGUCGAGGAUGUUGUCAUGUCGGGAGUGGAGGUAAACUCCAUGGUCGCGGCCGUCAAGCUGAAUCCUAGAAAGAGGAAGCGGAAGACGAUCGACGGCGUAGAGGUCUCCUUCACGGGCACACCCCGCUCAACAUCAGCCAGGGCUCUCCCACGACCGACUCCGAAAGUCAAAGUUUCGCGAAGCAAGGACAAGCCGUCGGUAGUGUCGCCCAAGAUUCUCUCCGACAUUCAACGUGUGUCGACGGAGGAUUCGGUGAAGCUUCCGCCUCUUCGCAUGAGCCAGAUGCCGGAGGCGACACCAUCGAAGCCGCCCGCGAUGGAACCUGUACAUUCUCCCCCCGGACCUCUCACAGACAUCUCGCCUAACUCGCAGAGUCGCGUGGUUCACAGAAGACGGACGAUCUCGGAUCCAUUUUAUUUGAGCGACGUUCUUAUCAAUCAGCUGGUGCGGGCGCCUGGAUGGACUGUCCCGCAGUGCAUACAGAUCGAGGCCCAGUCCCAGAAGGAGGCAGAAGCCGCCAUGGUGUUGGAGGGACUGAAGAACUCGAGUGGCCCAGCAUUCGUUGUGAGGGAUCAUUGA